AUGGCUUAUGUUCAGCAAGUGAGGCCUUCACAGGCUGCUCAGGUACUCCCUGAUGAGGUUGCCUCUGAGCAACAGUCGCUUAUUGUUGUAAAGAAGCUUCUGGCCAUCGCUGUGUCUGGCAUCACAUACCUCAGGGGCAUAUUCCCAGGGAGAGCCUAUGGAAGUAAAUACGUCGAAGAUCAGAAAGUGAUGAUCCUGAAAGGAAACAUUGACUGUCCUGGAACUUCAGAGAUACUUCAAUGGAUGCAGGGUUGCUUUGAUGCCAUCCAGAAGAAAUAUCUGCGAGCGGUCAUAAUGUCUAUCUAUACUGACCCAAGCAACCCUCAGAAAGUGACUGAGUAUUACCAUUUUAAGAUUCAGUACACUACAGAAGGAACACAAGUGGAUUUUGAAAGCAUAAACAACCAGAAGUUGUCAGCGAUGUCUUUGGGAAACACGAGGAAAGCGGGCAUCUUGCUGGUGAGGAAGCUUUACACUCUGAUGCAGAGUCUGGGUCCUUUGCCAGAAAAUGUGUGCCUCAACAUGAAGCUGGGUUACUACGAUGAAGUCACUCCUCAGGACUACCAGCCUCCAGGCUUCAGCGAGGCUGUAGGAAACACAAUAGAGUUUGUGCAGGAACCGGUCAAACUGACAAUGGGCAAAGUUGCCACGCCUUACCAUUGUGUGACGUUUGACAUGGCCACAGAGAGACGCAGACUGGAGCAGGUGGAAGAGAGUGUUUCUGUGAAGGAGAAAUGGAUUGUGAAGAUAGGAGAACAAAGUCCUGAGUUGGAACAAGUGGAGGAGGCAGAAAACUACCCUACAGACGUCGAUAACACAGAGAUCCAGAUGGACAUUCAUGAGAAGAAUGAGAGAAGUGCAGAAGUCCCAGAGAUUAUGAUAAUAGAAGCCUCAGACAUGGAGUUGGGUGUGAAGAGAACCAGGAGUGGACGGAUAAUCAAGUCCUUUACGGGGACAAAUGUGACUGUGAAGAAUAUGCAGCCAACAGCAGCAAAGCAAAAGACGGUUUCUCAGUAUGACAUCCUCAGCAGUCAGGAAUCAUCAUCAGCCGUAAAGAAGCGCAAGUUCAGCGAGCCUAAACAUCACUAUUGAGUACUGACCUCAGUGCAACUGAAGCACUUUGUUGAUUUAAAGUCAUGUUUUUCAUUUAUGUGACGAGUUGUGCAGUUAGUUUUUAAAGAAAAAAACACGUUUAGGAACAUGUUUUAGAAACAUUUUGAAGUUAAGACUACAACAGUUAAAGUAUUUGUUUUGACUGUAUGUAUGUGUUGCAUCUAUUGUUAUUUACCAACAAAGCUGUGCAGCAGCCACUUUAUAAUAAGUUUGUGAUUAAUUAUUAAAGCAACGAAUAAAUGUGUGUAGCAUUGAGCUG